AUGGAGUUUUCAUUGACUAUCCUGCUAGGGGACGAGAGAUCUACGAACGUCCUCCACAUGUCUUCGCGAUCGCCGACGCUGCAUAUCGCUUCGAUGAAACGCUAUGGACGUGACUCUUGUAUUGUCAUAUCGGGAGAAUCCGGUGCUGGAAAAACAGAGACCAGUAAGAUCAUCAUGCGAUAUUUGGCUGCGAUCACCAAUCAGCAACAGCAGAAGGAAAUUGAGAGGUUAGCUCUACGUUUUUGUAAGAAAGAAGAGGUGCACCAAUAA